AUGCUUUCUAUGCAGUCUCUCCUUUCCCUGAUCGGGGGCCUUUCCCUCGUGGGCGCUGCGACUAUCACCAAGCAGCCUUCGCAGGCGGAGAUCGAUGCGGCCCGCGCCAAGGUGCAGCCAUUCUCGCCCGUAUCCAACGUCAAGGGCUUGGCCUUUGACCGGUUCGUGGAUAUCUGGCUCGAGAACACCGACUAUGCCACGGCGUCCAAGAACCCGAGCCUGUCCAAACUGGCGUCAGAGGGUAUCCUCCUGACCAACUACUGGGCGCUCACGCACCCGUCGCAGCCCAACUACUGCGCAUCGGCAGGUGGAGACAACUUCGGCAUGGAUAACGACAACUUCCAGCAAAUCCCAUCGAACGUGUCGACCAUUGCGGAUUUGUUCGACACCAAGCACAUCGCCUGGGGCGAGUACCAAGAGGACAUGCCGUAUGCCGGCUACCAGGGGAUGCGGUAUCCGCUGAGCGGACCCAACCAGUACGUGCGCAAGCACAACCCGCUGGUGAUGUUUGACUCGGUCACGGAAAGCGAGGUGCGGCCGCGCCAGAUCAAGAACUUUACCUCGUUCCACGACGACCUGGCACACCACAAGCUGCCGCAGCACAUGUUCAUCACGCCGAACAUGACCAACGACGCCCACGACAGCGACAUCACCGUCGCCGGAAACUGGGUCGACCGGUUCCUGUUGCCGCUGCUGAAGGACCGCUACUUUUCUAACAACACGCUUGUAUUGCUGACCUUCGACGAAAACGACACCUACGACGAGCCGAACCGCCUGUACAGUAUCUUGGUUGGCGGCGCCAUCCCGGACCACCUCAAAGGAACCAAGGACAACACUUUCUACACGCACUACUCGAUUAUCGCGUCGCUGUCUGCCAACUGGGGUCUGCCCUCGCUCGGCCGCUGGGACUGCGGCGCCAACCUUCUCAAGUUGGUCGCCGACAAGACCGGCUAUGUCAACUGGGACGUCGACACCAGCAACGUCUUUCUCAACCAGACCUACCCUGGUCCGCUGUCUGCCGGCACUUACUCCAAGUACUCGCCCAAGUGGGCCAUCCCCACCACGAACGAGCGCUGCUCCGCGGGACAUGGGAUCGUCGAUGUCGUCAAGAAGACCUACAAGGAUCAGAAGCCCACCUACAACUACACUAGCCCUGUCCCGUAUGACACUGCUAGCAAGACCAACUUGGGUAUCAAGUACAGCCGUACGAAGGACGGAAAGAAGGAGAGUAGAAUUACUCGCUAA